AGGGUAAUUUCCCUGGGUUCGCAAUGCCUCUCAAUUUGGCUGCGCACUGUGGGAGUUGGAACCACUCACUUGUGAGGAAAGGCGCUGCAACUAUCGACUGACGCGUUCGAUGGCUACACGUACUCGAGGUUUCUUGGCCACGCGUCAACAAGGAUAAUGAAAACGGCACUCCGUAUUCAGAAGGAAAUGUUUUGAGAAGCAGAAUAAUUUCGCGUUUUCUCUGAGAGUACUCUCUCGUUCCACGGAAUGUCGCGUACGAAUUACUGGAAAAGGCGCUUCUGCUCUCCAUGGUGAAAACAGACGGGGCCAACGCCCUGCGCAACGACAGCGAGAUUGCGUUUCGUGUCAUUUCCCGAUGUGCUACUAGCUGUUGGCCCUCACGCAGACGGGUCUCGUAUCGACACUUUCUAGGCGACAGGACUCCACACUUUUUGCGAUCACCUUGAGGCUUUUAAUGUGUCUAAUUUCUCUUUGUCUUUGACGUGAGGCCACACUCUGUCUUUUUGGAGCUUUCCAACUUCACGGGCAUGUUGCGUGCCGGUGAGGCCGAAGUGUCAGGGAAGUUCUGUUUUUUUCUUCGCCUCAAUCCCGAAAUUCAGUGGGAAACUGGAGGGUAAUUGUUCUUUCGUUCGUCUCGGGCUUUUCCGUCUCGCGAGGUCAACGACGCUUGUUUGUAGUGGCAAAUGUAGGUAUCGUCGCUAUCGGGAGUGUCGGUUUUUGCCUCCCAGCCCCGAUACAACCAACCGUGCCCAUCCUUCCGCUGUGGGUCCGCAACCACAUACAAACGAUCUCGGGAGAGCACGCUAAUUAUCCUUUUUCUCUCGUUGAUGCUUUGUUCUUCUUGCGGGCAGCUGAGUUAGCCAGUCUGUCGGGGCAGCUGCCAUGUGUGUGGUGGCUUUACCCUGUCGCGAUCGGGUUUUUGCCGGAAGGCUAUUGCGGAUUUUGAUUGGAGACCAUGUCGGAUAUCUCGGAUUUUUCUGAAUCUGCUUUCAGCAAGGGCGAUUCGGAUGGAUCUUGGACUGAAGAUGAGGGAGCGAAACAAAAGAAAAAGAGUGCGAAGCGGUCACUUUUUGGCCUUGGGAAGGCGAGUAAAACCGCUGAUGAGCCGGACGCCGGCAAGUCAGAUUCAGCCGAUAAGAACAUAGAGACAUCUGACAAAGCCGCUCCGAAAGAGGAGUCAAAGAAGGCUGAAGCAACUAACGAGGAACCGAAGAAGGCUGAAUCAACCAAAGAGGAACCAAAGAAGGCUGAAGCAACGAAGGCGGUUGAGAAGAAGGCUGAAGCAACUAAGGCGGUUGAGAAAAAGGCCGACACAAAACAGCCUGCAGACACCAAGGCAGAUCAGGCCAGCUCGAAGAAAGAAUCAGCGAGGAGUGAAUCGUCAAAACUAGUCUAUGGAGACUCCGCAUCAGGCAUACUUUCACCUCCUGAUUUCUUUUUCAGCAGCAUUGUCCACGAUGGCAAAGUUUUUACAGCCAGGACCGAACAUGUUGUUGUCCAACUUGAAGAUACGAUCUACAUUUGGGGAGGCAGACAGUCUGACACCAUGUACAACGACCUGAUCAGCUUCGAUCCGCCAUCCAACACGUUUAGUACUAUCGCCGCAGAAGGCUCGAAACCACCAGCUCGCAGCGGAGCGUCUCUUGUUGGUCGGAUCGAAGGAGGCCGCGGCAUCUUGACUUUGUGGGGCGGGGAAGAGAAAGACGAGUUGACGAAUAAGGCGUGGAACUUCGACACCAAAACGAACACGUGGUCAAAACUGACCACCAAAUCCACACCCAGCGCGCGCAAGGGCCAUUCCCUUUGUAGUAAUAGUGACACCCUGUACCUUUUUGGGGGCGUAGACGCCACGGGUGUGAAAGAAGACGGAUACGUUCUGAAGAAAGACAUGUGGACAAGGCUGAAAGGCGACAAGGUACCGCCGGCGCGUUGUUUCCACACUGCCACAAUUGCCAAGACAGAAAAGGUGAAUGCGAUGAUUGUGUUCGGCGGUGAUUUGUCCGGUAACGGACGCGCUACAAACGACCUCUGGCGAUACGACCUUCGAGAUGAGGAAUGGCGACUCAUCGAUAGCGCUAGCGGUGAGACGCCCGCUCCUCGUUUCAAGCAUGCUUCCGCCUUCUACGAGGGUCGAGUAUGGAUAUGCGGAGGUCAGACAUCUGGAUGGUUCACAAUCUAUGAAGUGUCCGAUUUCUUCGCCUACGACGUCUCUGGCAAUUACUGGUUUAAGUGUGACGUGGCGGCCAAACAGCUGGGCUACCACUCAAACUUCGGCCCUCUCGCGCUGUUUCCUCAGACUAAGGCUCUCUAUGUCUUUGGAGGCAGCAGUUCUUACGGCAAACCCACGUCAGACGUUUACCGACUGGCACCUGUAUGCACGACAUUCUCAGUCCUGGACGUGAGACGCGACGUGACAGAAACUGCAACGGAGGUGAAGCAGGUGCGCGAGGAAGUGGAGAAAUCUGCAGCGACUGCAGCGAAGGUUAUGGAAUUUGUGGAGAAACUGGAGAAGAACAUGAGUGUGGCAUCGGGUAAAGUAUCGGACCUUUCUCGCAGCGUGAACGAUUUCCAAAAGGAGAUUAGCUCUAUGGUUGCAAACAGCACUUCUUGCAUGGAGAGCGUAGAGCAAGUGCGGAAAAAGCUUGACAACAUCGAGGGGAAAUUCGUCGCCUUUGCUCAGCUGGAGAGGAGGUGUGAGUUGAUCGAGUCGAGCAUCACAGAGCUCCUCAGGAAGCUGGAUGAAAAAGCGGACAGGUCUGCUUUGAGGAAGAUCACGGAUCAUAUACAGAUCUCGGACACUGACGAAGAUUCUGAUUAAAGCAGGCCAAAGCACUGGCGUCACCCCGGUGUUGUGCAUUUCAGCGGACUGCUUCCGAAUGUCGAGAACCUACAAGUUUGAGAGUGGCACUACUGGCCGGUAAUUCAACCAAUUCUUCCCUCAGGUGGAUUGUUUCCGCCUGCGGUGGGUUACUUUUGCUUUGCCAUGCUCGCGUCGCAGAGAUGGUGGUGGCCUUUGCGCGCACGGUUCACCCCUUGAAUGGGUCAAGCCGCGAGCGUUUUCACCAUUCAGGGUCUUCCUGGGCCCAAGAAAACUCUAGGUAGAUGACGAGCAUAACUUGGAAUAGAAAUCGCCAAGAGCCCCUGGUUUUUGGAGACUGCUCCUAGUUUUGACUAAGGAGCCCAGGCCUGUCGGCCCCAGCACCGUUGUUUUCCGUCUUCAUGCUCUGGUGGGGAAACAGUCGUUAUUUGUUUCUCGAUCACUUGAGUGACGUUUACGGAUUUUACUACAUCACGCAAUGGAAGUGCUGGCAACAAUUUGGUGAGACAAACGCGACGGGUCCAGUUCCUCCUGGUAUUGUUUCUCCGCUGGGAACGGGCAAACACUUUCCAUUUCAGCGAGGAAAAAGGCGUGGAUGCAAGCGGAGCUUCAUCUGGGGAAACUUUGGCCCUGCAAAGAUUUUCACCGUUCAAGGCUGAUGUAGCGCACUUCCCUGUCUGGGUUCGAGCGCCUUUGUAUGCUGCGAAGACUUGUCGGUGCCGUAGCUUUUAUCGUGGUACUGGAAUAUCGAGCAGUUUUGAACUGAUAAGUCGUGCUUGUUGAGUCAGGGGGAGACAGCAACGAUGUUUUAUGCAGACGCAGGGAACACGGUGAGACUGUCACUAAACUGUAUAGCGAACGCCUCUGAAGUUCCGCUUUUGUGGUUUAAUACCACGAUUCUGUCUUCGGGAUUUCGCUGCCAGAGUGAAGCGGAUGUGUCUC